ACUUGCUCGCCAGUUCUUCUGCGUCUGUUGUGUUGAGCGUGCUACUCCUGACUCUUGGGUGUUCUAGAGAUACAGCACAAUGCCCGCGGAUCAAGAACUGAGUUCAAUUCUGAACAGGCGUCAGGCUAUUAACGAGGCACUGGAUGAAGGAAAAGAAGUCACUCCACAGUUCAAGAUCGUAAAGAAGAACAUCUUCAGUGAAUUCCAUGAGUUUUCACGCCGAGAAAUUAAGGAAUAUGAGAAGACGUUUAACAGAUUUGACGAAGGUCGUGAUGGAUACCUGGAUCUGGGGGAGCUGAAGAGGAUGAUGGAGAAGCUGGGAGCCCCACAGACUCACCUGGGGCUCAAAGCGAUGAUUAAGGAGGUGGACGAGGAUGGGGACAACAAGAUCAGUUUCCGGGAAUUCCUGCUGAUCUACAGGAAGGCUAAAGCUGGGGAACUAGUAGAGGAGAGUGGGCUCAGCAAACUGGCCAUGCUGACUGAGAUUAAUGUUGAAGAAGUGGGUGUCGGAGGAGCCAAGAACUUCUUUGAGGCAAAGAUUGAGGAACUGAAGAAGACUAGUAAGUUUGAAGAUGAAAUCCGCCAAGAACAGGAACAGCGCAAGCGAGAAGAAGAAGAAAAGGCACAGAGAAGGAUAGCUUUUAAACAGAAGGCAGCACUUUUCCAGAAACAAAUGGAUGAAAAUGAAGGACAGGAAGCGUGAUCAGCCUGAAGACUUCAACCAAGUGCUGAACGAAUGUGCAGAAUGACUGGUGGCAUUUACACUGAAAUUAUUGAAUUUUAAUGCCAAAUACUUCAGUGUACCUUCAAGCUUAUAGAUGGAAAAUAAUUUUUAUAUCAGAUACCUGUAGAUGUAAUGUGACACAGGCCUACAUCAUUGUAUAUAACACACCUUUAUAGUAAUAUAUUUUGGUGGUCCAAUGCCAUUAUUUUUUAAGCUGAGUUGGUGUAAGGCAACUGGACUAUGAAAUAAACAAACUAGGGGUUACUCUAAUGAGACAAGUUGUUAUAAUGGUCAGUGCAAAGAAAAAUGGUUUCAAAUGUGAAGGUAUGGAGUGAUUCUGUACCAAAGAAAAGAAAUUUUGAGUUUGAUUGAUAAUUGACUCAUGACUACUUCUAAUUCAUUCAGUUAAUUGACAUUUUAAAUUGUACACAAAUAUUGUGCUGAUAGUACAUUAUGAAAACAGCAUAGAGCCAUUUUAAAUUUGGAAAUCUAACUGAAUAUAACACAUCUGACUUAAUGCAAAAUAUGUAGCCACUUAAUCUCGAAUUACCAUUUCAAACAACAUUCUAAACGACGUUUUAAGAUAAAAAUUAUGGAGAUUUGAAAUAAACUGUAACUAUUUACAAUUCAGCACCUCUGAAUCCACAACUGUUACCAUAAGCUUUAAAAAAAAAGAAUAGAAGUGUACCUCCAAUGCACUUAGAAAUAAGACAUUACUGAGGAGGAUACAGAUGACUUAAGCAUGGACUGGGUUCCUUUCAUCCACAACAUUGAAACAAUUAGGACCGUUAACUGCUUACAAAUCUUUUAAUCAGUUACCUGUCUCCUACUGAUUGAUUAAUACAAACACAUGCUGUUAUAAAAAAUAUGAACUACAUUACUAUAAAUGAAUAAAACACUUACUGGUAUAUUAGGAGGUAGGAGCUAGUUUAGUGUUUUCCGUUAGGCGCUGCAAAAGAAAAUGGAUACAGUUAAAAACAAACUUCAAUGAAAGACAAAUGAGGCAUUCAUAAGACAAAGAAUGAUGAUCUGGUGCCAUGGUUGUUAACCAGUUAAUCAACCAAAGAAAAUAAGUGGAUGGUUAUAAAAAAAUAAUUGAUUAAUUGUACGAUCAAGCAGUUAAUUGUGACAGUCCUUGAAAUAAUGCAACCUUUAUAUUUUUAUAUGAACCAGAGGUUCUGUAAAUAUGAAACUGCCUAGACCUCAUAGGAUGCCUUGAAGGUUACCAGUUCCCAUGUUCAUACAUUCAUGAGAUUAAGUUGCAGUGUGUUGGAAACCCAUGCUUCAUGCUUAAAUAUCAUUCACCUACAAUCAUUUCCAUAAUAAUGUCGAAUUUAAAAA